AUGACCAAAAAGCGUCGAAAACACCCUCCACCUGGUUGCCGCUCGGUCCCGAAGAGGGGCGUGGCUUUUCACAUCAAGCGAGCACGAAAUCGUCGAGAUACCUCGAUUAGCUCCACGCUGGAAAAAUCUGGAGCGGCACCCGAGACUGUGGCGCAUUUCCAAGCGCUUCAAACCUCGACGAAUUCCGUAGCCAUCGCUGAUGUGUUUGAGUGGCUAGGGGAUGCCGUUCUCGGGGAAAUGGUGGGGCGCUGUCUCUUGUCCCAGUUCCGUCACUCUCCAGUGAGCGCUCGGGUGUUCCGGAACUUGCGGUUGGCAGUUGUAACCAAUUGGAACCUAGCCCAGGUAUUUGAUGCGAUGGGGUACGCGAUGAUCCGACGUCCGUUUUCCACGGAAGUUGGAACGAAAAUCCGGACGAUGAAAGAACGAGCUGAUGUGGUGGAGGCGAUAGUGGGUGAACUAGUGCUUACCUUGUACCAGCAAAAAAUCGGCGGGGAUGGGUACAGAAUCCACUUGGAUGCAGUGGUGGCGACGAUGCUGCACCUGCAUUUUGCUGCGGUGGUAAAAAGUAGCGAGGAAAAAGGGGAGAUGGCGAUGGCAGCAAAGGGACCGCUGAGUGUUGCGUGUAACCCGUUUGCGUGUCUGCCACGGGAGGACUUGGACGAAAUAACAGGGGAGCUGGUUGUGAUAGAUGGAGAUUUUGAGAACGGAGGGGAGAAAGGGGACGACGAAUAUGAGUUUGAACAGAGGAGGGGAGAUGAAGAGGUGGAAGACAAAGGGAAGGGGACUGUGGUGGCGCAUCAUUACUUUGCGCACGCCAGCAAUACUUCUUCUGUUUUGGUGGGAGAGGGAGAUGAGCAGACCAAGUCUUUGGUUGUGCACUUUGUUCAGGUGGCCAUGAGGGAGUUGCAUGAAGCACAUUUGUUGCGAACGUCGAGUGAGUUUUUUGAAGUGUUUAAGAUUUACGGCAUGGCGGUGCUGUCGGAGAGAACGAGUCUGUCAUUGGCGUUGCCGUAUGUUUCGGUGGGGUCUCAGAAGCACUCGGAUACGGUGACACCUGCCAAGCUUACGCGACAGCGGCAGCUUGUGCUUUCCGUGGCCAACCUAGCGGCGUGUGCAAUUUUGCUCGGGAUCGCGGAACCGGUUGCUUAUGACGAUAAGGAAAGCGAAGGCGAUGCUGCACGGCAAGUACACGAAGGGCAUGGACGCGCGAAUACUUUACGUGCUUUUGUAGGCUAUCACAGUGCCGUCGCUACGACGUCGGCUUCUGUGAACAGCCGGAGUAACGAAAUGGUGAAUGCUAUCUGCACGGCACUGCACGACGUAGCAUUUUCGUGUCAAAGUGGGAUCAGCACCGCUCCAUCGUACUCGUCUAUGAUUCCUGAGAGAGAACCACUCAUGGCUAUGAGACGGUCGGUGAGCGAGGCACACAUGUUUAUGAGCAGUAAGACGUGUGACGGUUUACACGCGCGUGGCGAGAGGCCAGCAUCUGACGCGGAUUUGGUACGCGAGCGAAAUGAACAGUCCUCGUUAUUUUUGCGGCAGUGCGACUCGAAUGAGUUGGUGGAUUUGUUUGAGACAUUAAAUGGAGAGCAAGAAGCGCUGCAGAAGCAGAUCAGGGUAGAUCGUACGCUACGGACAAGACGAAAGAAAAAGAAAAAGUGCGGCGAGAGUAUCACUGUUACAGCUGGAAGCGUCACUCCAAAUCUCGAGCGGUUUCUUCAUCGCCGAUUCCUCUAUUGCCUUGAAGAUAUCGUGAUUUUGUUUGCACAGCGCAAAACGGAAGCUUGCCGGGCGCAGAUCGUUGCAUUCCGACAGGAGCUUGAGCCGUGUUUGAAUCCAUCUCAUUUCCAAAAGUGGGAGGUUUCGACAAGUACGCUAACAUUGGCACUGCGCGACAGCAACUUCAGGCUGCUACUGCAUGACAUUUGUCACUUUCACGCCAUCAUAUCAUUCAGCAGAAAUACAAGAGACGGAACAAGAAUCACGCAGCUUCGACUGCCUCUUCAUUACACCUGGGCGAACAUUGGUACUCGGGUCACCACGGAGCAAAAGGCUUGCAGCUAA